AUGGAACCUGAGAAGCUAAGUGUAGUCAUCAAAUGUGAAGGAAAAUGGUCACAGAAACUCUAUCAAAAACUCUCUUCACCUUCACCAACAGAGCAUCUACAAGUGUCGGUUGAAGGACCUUACGGACCUGCAUCAACCUAUUUUCAAAAGUAUGACAAGAUUGUGAUGUUCAGUGGGGGAAGCGGAAUUACUCCAUUUAUCUCCAUUAUUCGUGAGCUUCUACACAUGGCUAACAACCCCAGCAACAGAACACCACAGAUUAUCCUUGUUCCGGCCUUCAAAAAAUCAAUGGAUCUCGGGAUUUUAGACCUACUACUUCCUAUUUCAGGAACUAGCUAUGAUAUAUCUGGAAUACUAUUACAAAUCCAAGCAUAUGUAACACAAGAGAGCGAACCGGCAACAGAAGACCAACAGGUUUACAAAACCAUAUGGUUCAGACCCAGUGCUCUUGAUGCACCAAUUUCUGCAACUUUAGGCAAAAACAGCUGGCUAUCCUUGGGAGUGAUGAUUGUCAGCUCUUCUGCUGUUUUCCUUGCACUAGUUGCUAUAAUAACACAAUUUUACAUAUACCAAAUUGAACACAAUACAAAUAUCAUAUAUUCAUAUAGUAAAAGGUCAGUUAUUAACAUGCUACUCAUAUGCAUGUCUAUAGCUACAACUGUGAUUAUAGCUUUUUUGUGGAACAAGGAAAAGAAUUCUACAGAAACAAGGCAGAUCCAAACGGUGGAUGUACCGACACCAGUGACCUCUCCAGGGAUGAGUUCUUGGUAUUAUAAUGCAGAUAGGGAGUUAGAAAGUCUUCCUACCAAAUCAUUUGCUGGUUCUACCAAGGUGAACUAUGGAGAAAGACCAGAUUUCAGAAAAAUACUAAAGGAAAAUGAAGGAUCCGGCAUUGGAGUCCUAGCAAGUGGUCCAAAGAAAAUGAGGGAAGACGUAGCAGCAAUCUGCUCAUCGGGGUUUUCAUCAUAUUUACAGUUUGAAUCAAUCAGCUUCAGCUGGUGA